AUGCGAGAAGCCCCAGACAGCUGGUGUCUGUCAAGCCUGCUGGCAGAAUCUCGCGAUAGCAGGAGCCGGCUGGAGCUGCGAGAUCUGGGGCUCAGGUGUAAGAGAGCAUCUUCUCUCAGCAGUGGGACAGAGCGGAGACAUAAGUGAGACCGAGAGGCUGGAGGGAGGCACUCUGUGUGGCCACCGGGACAUUCCCCAGCAGUAGCAGCAGCGGCAGCAGCAGGAGGAGGAAAGCUAGAGGCGCCAUCCCAAGCAAAGGAAGAAGCCUCUGCACUUUUUGCUCUCCCCAGUUCCCAUAACGAGCUCUUGGAUUCCAUGCAAUUCUUUCAAGAUGAUGUCAAUGAACAGCAAGCAGCCUCAUUUUGCCAUGCACCCGAGCUUACCUGAGCACAAGUACACCUCUCUGCACUCCAGCUCGGAGGCAAUAAGGAGAGCAUGCCUGCCCACUCCUCCGAUGCAGAGCAAUAUCUUCGCCAGCCUGGAUGAGACCCUGUUGGCCCGAGCCGAAGCACUUGCUGCGGUUGAUAUCGCUGUGUCCCAGGGCAAGAGCCAUCCCUACAAACCAGAUGCCACCUACCAUACUAUGAACAGCGUGCAAUGCUCCAACAACUCCUCUGUGCCACUCGGCCCUCACCAUCACCACCACCAUCAUCAUCACCAUCAUCAGGCGCUGGAGCCCGGGGACCUCCUGGAACAUGUCGCCUCCCCGUCCCUAGCACUGAUGGCCAGUACAGGACACGAAGGAGUCGGUGGAGGGGGAGGCGGCGGAGGUGGUGGCGGAGGCUUAAUGUCUUCCCCGGGCCAUCACCACAGCCACAUGCACGGCCUGAGCCACCUGUCCCACCAGGCGGCCAUGAACAUGACCUCUGCCCUUCAGCACCCUGGACUGGUUGCCGCUCAUCAUGGCCCUGGGGGGCAGGUGGCCUCGGCUGUGGGGGCAGCGGCCGGUUUGGCGUCCAUCUGCGACUCAGAGACUGACCCCCGAGAGUUAGAAGCCUUCGCUGAGCGGUUCAAGCAGCGGAGGAUCAAGUUAGGGGUGACCCAAGCAGAUGUGGGCUCAGCUUUGGCCAACCUGAAGAUCCCCGGGGUGGGCUCCCUCAGCCAGAGCACCAUCUGCAGGUUUGAAUCCCUCACCCUGUCGCACAACAAUAUGAUCGCCCUUAAGCCCAUCCUGCAAGCCUGGCUAGAGGAAGCCGAGGGCGCUCAGAGGGAAAAACUCAACAAACCCGAACUUUUCAAUGGGGGGGAAAAGAAACGCAAGAGGACUUCCAUCGCUGCUCCCGAAAAGAGGUCGCUGGAGGCUUAUUUUGCUGUCCAGCCGCGACCUUCCUCGGAGAAGAUCGCAGCUAUUGCUGAGAAACUGGACCUCAAAAAGAACGUGGUGCGGGUCUGGUUCUGCAAUCAGAGACAAAAGCAGAAAAGAAUGAAAUUUUCUGCCACUUACUAGCCACACACCCCUCACUGGUCCCCAACAAAUUAUUUAUGUAUUUAUUUAUUCCUUCCUUUUUUACAGUUACUCAACCUGCCACCGCUCAGCUGCUCUUGAUCUACUGCUGCCAGCACUUAAACUCUCGGGAGGUGCUGGAAGUUGUAGCGCAGAAAGUGCUGGAGGGCCGCAGAUUGAACUGUUCUGCCUUACUUUAUCCUGUUUCAUUAAAUUAUUGUUCCUUUCGUUUUGCCACUGGAGGGGGGCUUACUUGAGACGAACUCUAAGAGAAGAAAUCAAAUUAAUAAAAAUGCUAAAAUUUAAUAACUAUUUAUUGUCGGGACCAAUGGACAUAAAACAAGCCCCAUAUUGACUGGAUCUGCAGUGACUGGUUGGAAAAUCUCUUCUUAAAAUUUUAGCACCACAGUGUAAAACAAAAAAAACAAAACAA